UAGUGGUGAGUUGUCCUCAUGCGUAACUUGUGACUGUUUGAUUGCAGUGUAAAAGCAGCUUAUAGAUUUUCGCCUUCAUCUACAACCAAGCAUGCGAUACUAGCUUAAUAAGUUCAAUCAUUGCAAUAACCCCCAAAAUGGCUGUUCGACACCUCGGUGAGUUUGUCGUGAUUGUAUGCCUGACGUUGCUCACAUCUGGGUCCUCGUACGCGGAACAAUUACCCAAUGUCGUGUUCAUCCUCGCUGACGAUUACGGAUUUAACGACGUUGGCUACCAUGGUCGAUCGCACGGGUCUGCGAUACUGACGCCGAACCUGGACAUGCUCGCAGGCGAGGGUGUUAAGCUAGAGAACUACUACGUUCAACCGAUCUGCUCUCCAACGAGGAGCCAGCUCAUGUCAGGGAGAUACCAGAUCCACACGGGUCUCCAACACGGCGUGAUCAGACCUCCCCAGCCGAACUGUCUCCCGUUGGAUGAAGUCACGCUCCCCCAGAAACUCAAGGAGAAUGGCUACGCCACUAACAUGGUCGGUAAAUGGCAUAUUGGCUUUUACUUGGAUGCUUGCUUGCCAACUGAGAGGGGCUUCGAUUCUUACUUUGGAUACCUGAUAGGAGCUGAAGACUAUUACACGCACAUGCGCUCCUACAAUGUCGGUUCCAAGACCCUAUCAGGAUACGACCUACACGCCAACAAGACACCGGUCUUUCAGUACGAAGGACAGUAUUCCACCCAUCUCUUCACGAAUAAAACAAUUGAUGUCAUAGAGAGGCAUGACAAGACAAAGCCACUCUUCAUGUACCUGGCAUAUCAAGCUGUACACGUACCUUUGGAAGUACCUGACAGCUACAUGGACCCAUACAUGAACAUCACCGACAAAAAUAGACGUACCUUUGCCGGUAUGGUAGCUUGUAUGGAUGAAGGUGUAGGAAACAUCACAAGAGCUCUCAAGGACGCUGGUCUUUACGAUAAUACCAUCAUAAUAUUCUCAACGGAUAACGGGGGUCCAAUCCAAAGCGGUGCCAACAAUUGGCCACUCCGGGGAAGCAAAGGAUCCCUCUGGGAGGGAGGGAUCCAUGGAGUGGGGUUCGUACACAGCCCUCUUCUACCAACGUCAGUCAAAGGAACGGUCAAUCGUGAAUUGAUUCAUGUGAGCGACUGGCUACCGACUAUUGUAGCAGGCAUUGCAGGUGGAGCGUUGAAUGGAACUAAACCCUUAGACGGCUACAAUGUCUGGAGCUCUAUCAGUGGUACAGCCUCGUCCCCUCGAAAGGAAAUCUUGCACAAUAUCGACUCGCUUUACGUCGCUCCCGAGAUUCUACCGAAUUACUUUGAUGGCGAGGAUUUUCUGUGGCGAUUUUUGGAGCGAGUUUUGGAAGACAAAUUCGAUACGUCAAUAAGAGCUGCGCUACGCGUCGGAGACUGGAAAAUAAAGACAGGGCCAGACGCAUCGGCAUCCGAUGUGUGGCAGCCGCCAGCCGAGUCCGGACUCCACACGAUAUAUCCGAUAGAGAAACCGAACCAAAAGGUAUUGCUCUUCAACAUAACCGCCGAUCCCCUGGAGCGAACUGAUCUUUCAGGAAAGUAUCCGGAUGUUGUCGAUGAGCUUCUUCAGAGAUUAGAGGAGUAUUACAAAGGUUCGGUUCCUGUGCGGUAUCCGGAUCCGGAUUUGGAAGCGGAUCCAGCCUUGCAUGGCGGUUCAUGGGGGCCAUGGGAGUAA